GUUCACUAUCAACUUGUGUACACGUUGCUAACCUGCUAUGAACGGCCACAUACCGUCCUUCCAACUAUUUGGCCAUGUUGUCCUCCUUUCGCAUGAGGCUUGGGGACAUAUGAGGUCUCUGUGCGUCUUAGCGGCACGCAUUGCGCAAUCAACACCCCCCGUCUAUGUCACAUUCUUCGUGCCAAACAAGGUACACGACCGUGUUAUCAAGGAAGUGUCUCGUAAUUUUGGAGUGGGUGAUGCAGGAUUGAACCAUCUCAGAAUUGUGGGUCUGUACGAUGGAGAGGAUGGUACCCAUUCGUUUUCGAUGGAGGAACAGUUUGAAACCUUCAGUAGAUCGUUCGCGGAUGCCUACGCACAGCUUCAGCUGUCUUCUAAAAUGUCAGCGGGUAGCGAGGAUAUUCCGCCUAGUCCGAACGCUGUCAUCCUGGAUAUGAUGUGUUCCGAAGCUCUCAGAGCCGUUCGCCGUCUUAGCAGAAUUCCAGUCAAAAUCUAUACUUGGAUUGCUGGCAUGCUCUCGUUCAUGCUCUACCCUUUCUCUCCCGAGUCAUAUGGCGGCCGAGGUGACUAUAGAGAGCGGAUCAUGCAUGAAGUCAAGCGCACCGGAAGGUGUUUCGAAGAGGUUGCAGAUGAGGUCAUGACAAGCACCGAUGGCUCCAUCAUUCGCGUCCCAGGGAUACCACCUAUGUUUGACCAUGAAAUACACCCGCAAGAAAUGAUUGUGAAAGGCGUCGUCGGUUUUCUCUGGGUGAUGAUUCAACAAGUAAUAGCAGAGUGUGAUGGUGUUAUCUCGAACUCUUCCGAUGUUUACGAACCGGAAGCAGCCGCCUCUCUGAAGAAUUGGUUCGCUGAGACUGGCAGAGAGGCCUAUGUAGUCGGACCUUUGCUUCCAGCAUACGGAGAGAUCCUCACCAGAGACAAUAGCCCUCGAGCUCGAGAUACGUCCGAGGUAGAAGAAUUCUUAACUUCUGUGUUACAGUCUCACGGAGUGAAGUCACUUCUUUACAUCUCUUUCGGGACCGUAUUCUGGCCUACGGAACCAGACAAACUCUGGACGUUUUUGGAUGUGGUGAUAAGCAUGAAGAUCCCUUUCAUAUUGAGCCAUGCAUCCCCUUUUGCAUCCAUUCCUGAUUCGGUGGCUGAGAAAUUAGCGCAUUACAAGCUUGGCAUGCUGUGCCCUUGGUCCCCUCAACAAACAAUACUCGCUCACCCUGUUACGGGCUGGUUUGUUACUCAUUCCGGUCAUAAUAGCGUCGUGGAAGCGAUUAGCAUGGGUGUACCUAUGAUCUGCUGGCCUUACCAUGCAGACCAACCUUUCAAUGCCAUACGUCUUUCGGAAAUACUCGACGUGGGGUUCGAACUAUUGGAAGUCCGUUCUGGGGAAUGCGGCAUGAAGCCACUUUAUCGUACCGGGAAACCUCCUAGAGGAACAGACCAAGCAAUCAGGGAAGAAACAUCUUCCAUUUUGCAGAGGGCCUUGGGGCCUGAAGGAGCCAGGAAGCGGGGGAAUAUGGAGACCUUGCGACGGCGUGUUUUGAAGGGACGAAGAGAAGAAAAUCCAUAUUGGCAGGAUGCGGAUACGGACAGACUGGUAAGAUCACUGAGGUCUCCGCAUCCUGGUUUAGUUUAGCCAGCAAAGCUGCCUCACCGCGAUUUCUCUUGUAUCUAUCUGUAUGGUGAUUUUAUGUACUUAACGCCUUGGAAUGGAUGGUGUACAACUCGAUCUUUCCUUCAUUGACGGUCGAAUAAGGCUCUGCAAGAAAC